AUGACAGCGCCUCUGCCAAGUACUGAUGGUGUGCGAGUAGCGGUGCGCGUGAGGCCUUUCAGUCAGAAGGAUGUUUUCCAUGAUCUCGGCAGGGGGAUUCUGGACAGCGCUUGGCAAGGCUAUAAUGCCACCCUCCUAGCCUAUGGCCAAACUGGCUCUGGAAAAAGCUAUUCCAUGGUUGGGUUUGGUGCAAACAAGGGUAUUAUUCCAAAUGUGUGCGAGGAGCUCUUUCAAGCAAUUGAGAAGCAGGAGGGAAAUGAAGAAUACCAGGUUACGUUCAGUAUGCUGGAAAUUUACAAUGAGCAGAUAAGAGACUUGCUAUCUAGAACCAAGAAACCUGGGGGACUAAAAGUAAGAGAAGAUCAACAGCUGGGCUUUUAUGUGGAUGGCCUGAAGUCAGUGCCCUGUGAGAACUAUGCACAGAUAGAAAGGCUGAUGGAACAAGGGACAAAAAUAAGGACCACAGCAUCGACCAACAUGAACGCCAGCAGCAGCCGGUCUCAUAUGGUUAUCACCAUUCAGUUCAAGCAGGUUUUCCUAGACAGCAACCUCACCAAGCAAUCCAGUAUUAAUUUGGUGGAUUUAGCAGGAAGUGAAAGGCAGAAAUCUUCAGGAUCUGAAGGAGACAGACUGAAGGAAGGAUCACGAGUUAACUUAAGUUUAACCAGUUUAGGAAACGUUAUCAGUGCUCUGGCUGAUGCAGCCACGGGGAAGAGAGUCUUGCACGUUCCCUACAGAGAUUCUGUUCUGACCAAACUGCUCCAGCCAGCUCUGGGUGGGAACAGCAGAACGACUUUGAUAGCAGCCAUAAGCCCUGCUGACAUCUGCUAUGAAGAAACUUUGUCCACAUUAAGAUACGCUGAAAGGGCUAAAAAGAUCCAGAACAAAGCUGUGGUCAACACCUCGACGCUGAUGAGAGAAUCAAAGGCAGAGAACAACAAAGUACUGCUCACACGUGGAAAUUCCAGGAUGGCAGAGCGGCCGGCCUGCCUGCUGGCAGAACCAGGGCCUGGGCCGCAGACUGGCCAGCCGACCUGGGCGCACCAGCUGGAGCAGGCUCGGGAGGAGUGGCAUCAACAGUAUCUGGCCAUCGCCCAGGAGCGGCAGAUGACCGAGACCCUCCCUCACCUCCUCAACGUCAAUGAGGACCCACAGCUCACGGGUGUCCUCAAGUACUUCAUUCAGGCUGGUUCAUGUGAUGCUGGUCGGGCUGCGUCAAAUGCCAUCCUUCUUCAAGGUUUAGGAAUUUCAGAUAAACACGCUUCCUUCACCAAUCUGGAUGGGAAAGUGACGGUCACGCCACAAAGCAAAUGCAAAGUUGUCAUUAAUGGGGUGCCCAUCGUGACCAAGACGAAGCUGCAGCACCUGGACCGCAUUAUCUUGGGAUCCAACAGCGCCUACCUCUACAUUGGGUUUCCUUCAGAGAGAGGCAAUGAAGACUUGAACAGGUUUGACUAUGACUUUUUCCAGCUGGAGAGAGCAGCUGCAGAAGGAGUGAGCGUGGACAAGCUCGGGGCCGCGGGCUGCAGGGAGGGGAAUGCAGACCCCAGCGUGCUGGCUGUGUUCCAGGACUAUGUCAAACUGAUGCCGCUGGUGGCGGAAGCAAAUCAAAUGGGCAAGGAGCUGGAGAAGGGACUCAGAAUGGAACUGAAGGUGAAGAAUUUAGCAUCGUCAGACUCUAGGGGCUACGACCUACAGAAAGAGGUCAUGGUGAAGGUGACCCACCAAAGGACUCAUGAGGUGUGGAUCUGGUCAAAAGCCAAGUUUAUCAAUAGGAAAUUCCUAAUGGAGGAACUUUACCAGCGCUUUCUAGAGGGGGAAGAUGGCCGUGUGGCUCAGGAAGAUGACCCUUUCUGGGAUCCCGUCGAGGUCGUCCACCUGGGCUCAGCUCACAUCUGGCUCCAGCCACUUGCCUACUGCAUGAAGCUUGAGGACCAGGUGGAGUUCCUCAACUGCGAUGGAAUAGAGGAGGCCGUGCUGCACAUCCACGUGACACCCUGCUCCCCGGCAGGACAAGCAUGUGGUGAGGAGGAUGUGGUUAUUGACCCUUCAGAGUUGCUGGGCAAGAGGAUGGAUUUCCAGAUUGGCCUCGUGCGGUGCCUUGGCAUUAAGUGGCUCAAGGAAGGCGCAGAGCGGGGCAUUCAGAUGGGGUACAGAAUUUAUGAUCUUUCAAGCACUUUCUAUACCAAGCCUGUAUGGAAAAUUGUGAAUCCCCAAAUAGAAGAAACUGUCCAAUUUACAGCUUUAAAUGCAUCUCAGGAGUUUCUGAAUUAUUUACAAACAAAUGCUCUCAUUGUCGAUUUAUGGGGUCUUCAAGAAGGCUGUGCCCAACUGAGCUGCUCUCAGCCGGACCCCAUGGUCACAAGUGAAGGCCACAUCAUGGUGGACACCAAGAAAAUUUCCACAGUGAUGGAUACAGGCCAGACCACCUCAAAUCAGAUAUCAGAACUUUAUAUGAAGUUGCUCAAGUUAGAACAGGAGAUGGAACUGCUCAGAAACGUUAACAGAGCCUUGAGAGAGGAAAAUGUGCUGCUCAAAUACUCACUUGAGAAAGCUGGUUCUGCUCAACAAGCACAGAAGCCUUCAGAUAGUGGGAAGGUCACUCAGACACCAGCACAACUCCCCGCAGAAGGAGAGAUUCAUCACACGUCCGCUCAGCAAGCCAGCUCUGACAGAGAGUUGGCCAAAGCUCUGAAGGUCUUCUACCAAAGCCUGAAUGUGGCAAGAGGACAGUUUCUCAGACUGAGACAUUACAAACCUCCCGAAGACGAUGGAUUGCUUCGACCAUUUGUACACCAACAGUCACAGAGGUUAAAAGACUUUGGGGAGCUGCUCGAAUCCAGCUUGUGGAGACUGAAAAGUGAUGUUGCUCGUAUAGUGAAAGAGAAGAGAGCGUGUUCACUGCAUCCUGGAUAGUGUGGGCUCACCGACCGAAAACACCUGAGCUGUGGGAGAAGCUGGCUUGUGCAGCCCCCGAGCUUGAUGAACUUGGCUCUCAGCUGAGCUGUGCACUCAAUGUACCCAACCCAUUUCUCAUACUGUUUCUGUCCUUCAGUUUGAUUUCAAAUCAUGUAAAAAUGAAUCCACAUCCAGGGUGAAGGUGAGCUGGGACUGGACUGUCUCGGGCUAAAUCCUGUUUAAUCGGUCACUUCCCAACUGCAGUUUGAGGCAAGUGCCUUCCCCUCGCCAACUUAAGCCUCUGGUUCCUUAUAGGGGAAUGACAACAGUACUAAUUGCAGAUGGUUAACGAACAUAAAGAAAUACAAGGGCGCCUGGGUGGCUCAGUUGGUUAAGCGUCUGCCUUCGGCUCAGGUCAUGAU